UCACGCAAGAUUCCAAGUCCAAAUACAGUAGCCUUGGACUGCUUUCUGCAAGCAGUGCCAAUACGACAUCAUUAAUCACUGGUCUUUGAGCUUGCAAACUCUAAAUUUUUCAACAAAAACUAGGAUUAGAAACAUAAACACAUGAUUAAUAGACCACAACUCAUAAGCCCAUGACUCAAAAACCAGUACAUAUAUCCAAUAUGAUCCCAAACAAUCUCCAAAUAAAUUUGAGCUUCCACCACAAGAAAUAAUUUGUGGAAAAACUACAUGUAUCCCAGGAAUCAAGGCUCGAUCGAGACAACAUGAAUAAUAUUCAGAGUCUUACAUCUUCUUUGCGUGUUAGAAUUGAUUAGAAAUAGAUAACUUCCACUUAAUAAGAUUAAACAUCACGAUCUGUACGUGUUACAUAUACCCCAUACAACUUAUAUGACAUUUCAUUCCUUCUUCUCUUUGGCUUUUCAGUCACUUUACAAUAAAUCAAUUGAUCUUUAUUCUUUUAUCAGCUCGUUCAAUGUUUUGAUUCAAUCUCUAGCUGAAGGCAAAGGAAAUCGUUUCAGCAUCGAUCUUAUUCAUCUAGAUUCACCGUUAUCCCCACUUUAUAAUAGUUCUACUACUAAAUCCGAACUCUUAAGAAAGGCCGCGUCGUCUUCAUUUAGACGAGCUCCUUUCUUCCACUCAUCUCUUCAUUACUCACUCUAAUUAGAGCAGAAAUAUAUGUCAUGAAGAUUUAUGUUGGCUCUCCACCAAGUGAAGUCCUUACUAUUGCAAACACGGGAAGUAAUCUUGUAUCUGUAUGGAUCAUACUUCAUUGGGGUAUUGCCUUGUAGGACAUACUUCAUUUAUUGCCUUGUGUUCAAACCAUGUAUUCCAACUCAAAUCACAACCAAGUUCCUGAAGGGCAGGACCAUGUGAUUCUUCAAUACACCGCCAUUCCCAAAUCUCUCUUCGCCACUUAUUCUCUGCUCUCUUCAUUUAUUCAAAUCCAUACCUAAUAUAGUUUGUCUCAAGAGUGUCUGCAAUCCAAAGGUCAUAUGGAUCUGCAUCAAUAAUAUGGUCCAUUCUUUCAUUUUCAAUCCUUAGCUGGUCCUGCAUUGGCUUUUAUUGAAACAAUGUAGGGAAUAGUACUGUUUGUCAACCAAACUAACAUAGGUACUAUUUUUCAGCUCCAGAUUUCUGUUAAUAGUUUGAAAGACAAAGCCAUGUGAGACUUUAUUGACCUGCUAUGUCCUAAGAACCCAGUAGCCAAUAAAUCCAAAUUCAACGAGAUUUUCCACAUUCAUCCCUUCCAUCUAUAUAUACACCCAUAAACUUGGUUCACUCCCAACAAAAUUUCUCACAUCUCUACAUUAAUUAGCAUCUUUGCUUUGAACAAAAAAUACUCAGAAAGUUCACUUUUCUUGGAUCCUUACCAAAGGGAAACCAAAAGGAAAUCAUGGGUAUUCGUUUUCCUUCAGUUCUUACCAAGCAAAUUCUACGGCGAUCUUCAACAUCUAUGGAUGUGCCCAGAGGAUUCUUAGCAGUAUAUGUGGGGGAGACUGAGAAGAAGAGAUUUGUGGUUCCAGUAUCCUAUCUCAACGAGCCUUCCUUCCAAGAAUUGCUUACUAAAGCUGAAGAAGAAUUUGGUUUUGAUCAUCCAAUGGGUGGUUUGACAAUUCCCUGUAGAGAAGACAUUUUCAUUUGUGUUACUUCUCUAAUAAACAGAUCAUGAAAGCAUGAAAAUUAAUCUCUAGAGACAAUUUUGUAUAGAAGGAAGUAAAUGUAAAUAAUUUUUUUGCCUCUUCGAGCAGAUGAGGUUUUUUCCAUUAAGAAGUUAUUUUGUACAAUGUUCCACAUUGGAAGUAAAACUUGUUUUUUCGCCAUGACAAUGCCA